GCAAAACAUAUACCCCUCGUGAACCAUCCCAAAUACCUCUGCGCCUCAUAUUAUUACAAUUGAACCGGUCCCACAAAAUAAACCAUGAACUAAACCUCACUACCCUCGAACCUCUCCACCACAACACCCGACGCGUCCCACCACACGCGCCUCUCCACAUCUAUUCAUCCGCAAACACUACUUACUGUCCCGCCUCCGCCGAAGACAGAAAUAUGUACCUCCCACGAAGCCUAAUAUCGCACCUCUACCAAAACCUCAUAAAACGUAACCACGCCGCCGCACCUCCGGUCCUACUCCUCGUCGCGCUCGAGCCCGACGCGUUAUGCGCCUGUCGCAUCCUGACCGCGCUGCUGAGACGCGACUACAUACCGCACAAGAUCCAGCCGAUAUCCGGAUAUGGCGACUUGUCUCGCGCGGCGGAGGAGCUGGUGCGGCCUAUGCGGACGUCGGAGGGUGGGAGUGGGGGAGUAGUGAUUUGUUUGGGGGUGGGAGGGAUGGUGGAUAUGGAGGAGAUGUUGGGGCUUGAGGUGGAUGAGCAUGGAAAUGGGGGCCCGGGGGAUGUGGAAGUGUGGAUUAUGGAUGCGAGAAGGCCUUGGAAUCUAUCGAAUGUGUUUGGCGCGCCUCUCAGUCGGGAUCCGGUUACGGGGGAGUUGGUGAGGAGGCAGGCCGGGGUGGAGAAGGGGAAGGUGUUGCCUUCGUACCAGUCCGGGAAGGGAGGGAUUAUAGUCUUCGAUGAUGGCGAUAUCGAGGAGGAGCUGGAGAGGGAGCGUGAAGCGUACUGUGCACUAGAAGAGAUGCCUGAAGUCGGGGAGGACGACUUCUCCGACGAUGGUUCGGACGGCGACGAUGAAGACAGGCAGCCACCUCGGUCGGGGCAAGCGCCGAAGAAAAGGAAGUCUUGGGGAGGAGAUGAUGAUUCCGAUAUGGAAGACUCUGAGAACGAGCGACCACUUCGGAGACGACGAAGUAAUUCAGUAGGAUCGUCGGACAUAUCCCGCUCGGAUUCCGUGAGCGACCGCUCGGUUUCGCCAUCCGUAGCUCCACCGCAAGAGCAAUCCGUCAGGAGUCUUCGCCGCCAAUUGCUCAACAUGCGCAACAAAUACACCAGCAUACUCGACUCGUACUACCAGCUCGGAGCCUCGUACGCCGAACCCGUCUCCUCGAUCGCGUAUUCGCUUGCCGAAGAACUCGGCCGCGAAGACAACGACCUCCUCUGGAACGCCAUAGUAGGUGUGAGCAGCCUCGAGCUGUACGGCCGAACCGGCAGCGGCGUAGGCCUGAAUCCGCUCUCGACGGCAGGCGGCUCCGCAGGCUGGAACGGCGACCGCGGCGAGAGAAUCCGCUCCGCCUUCCGCGACGAAGUGCGCCGCCUCAACCACGUCGACCUCAAGGACGUCGGUCGCGAAGUGAGCAUGGGCGACGCGAGCGGGAGUAUACCCACGAGCGCGCGCUCCGCAACAGAUACAUCGAUCCGGCUCUCCCCCGAACCACGCUUCCUCCUCCUCCGCCACUGGAGUCUCUACGAAAGCAUGUUGCACUCCCCUUACCUGUCCGCCCGCCUGCACAUCUGGAGCGACGCCGGACGCCGCCGGCUCGACAAGCUGCUCGCCAAAAUGGGCGUCAGCCUCGCGCAGUGCAAGCAAAACUAUACGCACAUGGACAUGGACCUCAAGCGCGGGCUUCGAGAACGCCUCCUCCGCUUCGCGCCCAUGUACGGCCUCGACGGCCUCGUGCCGCCGCCGCCACGCAACGGCGACAUGAAGGACGGGUGGGGCUUCGUGCGCUGCUGGGGCUGGAAGGCGUGCCUGAGCGCCAUCGACGUGGGCGUCAUCCUCGGUGCCAUCCUCGAAGUCGGCGACGCCAAAAGCCUCCAGCAAUCCGGCUUCGACGGCACCAACGACUUCGUCGGCACGACGGCGACGACGACGGUGCAGGAGAAUGCGGAAAUGGCACACGGCGCCGACCACCGGAUCGAUCGGGACGCCAUGCUGCGCGACGCGCAGGAACACAUCGUCGCGCGCUUCUGGACGGCGUACGACGCGCUCGCCUCGAUCGAUUUGCUCGUCAGCCAUAUCCGGACCGCGCAGCACCUGCACCGGGCGAUUCUGCGCACGGGCACGGCGCUGAUCGAGAAGAAGCAGAUUCGGCACUUGAGGGCUUUCCGCAUGGCGGUCGUCAAGGAGGGGCCCGAUGUACAGCUUUUCACGCACCCGGGGGCGCUGACGAAACUCGCGCUGUGGAUUGCCGAGGCGAUUGUGGAGCUGAAUGGAACGAAGGGCAAGGGUGGGAGGGGGAGUGAGCUCGUCAUGGCUGGGUUGGAUGAGACGAGGGGAUUGGAGAGGAUGGCGAAGAGGGAGGCUAGGGCGAAGGAGAGGGAGAAGAAGAGGGUGGCGAGGGAGAGGGAGAGGGAGAGGAAGAGGCAGGCGAGGAUUUCGAGGAAUCUUGCGGCUGGGUUGGAGGAGGAUGAGGUUGAGGAUGAGACGGAAGAAGAGGAUGAGGAGGAGAGUGAGAGUGAGGAGGAUGAUGAUGAUGAGGAAGAGCUGAGGAAGGGGUUCGGGCGUAAUCGGUUUGGCAAUGCGUUCCAGGAGGUUGUGAGGGAGACGGGGGCGAGGGUGAGAAUGGACAGUUUUGAGGCGUGCGUGAUUGAGAUCAAGAAGGAGGAUCUGAGCGGCUUCCUGGAGAGGCUGAGUAUGAAGGCUGUGGUUGGGUGAUGGGUCUGCGUUCUUCUUGGAAAGGGACUUGGGCUGAUACGAGGCAUGAUAUUUUUCUCUUUUUGGGAGUCGCGGGUUAGCGGGCAUGGCUUGCACUUACGGCGUUCGGGGUGCUUCAUUUUCAUUCAUGUGCGAUGAGCAUUGUUGAUAUUGCGGUUGAGGUUCACAGGACCGUAUUCUUUUCUCGCAACAGCAUUUUGACAAGUCUCUAUUCUUCCCUAAACGAGCGUGCCUAUACAUACCGAGCAUAGAUAUUUUCCGAAAAGAAAC